AUGACACCACUGGUAAGCAAGAAGAUGGACCAAUUUCUGGACACACAGAGUCUUCCCAUCCAUUGCAAGAUGCUCCUCAGGAGAACCGGCCUGUCAGCAGCGAAGACCGAGAGAUCUCACAACAUGCUCUUCCAAGUGGUGAAGAUGAAGAAGAUGACAGUGAUAGUGACAGUGAUGACGAUGACGUGAAGGUUACUAUUGGCAAUAUUAAAACGGGAGCACCAUCGUACAUGGGAACUCCUAUGAAUCUAAACUUAAAAACGGGUAGAGGCUAUGGAGCAUCUGCUUCAGCCAAGUUGCAGCCCAAAGGUAUUGACUUAGAUGCUGCAGGGAACAUAAAUGGAUUGCCUGUUAUCGAAGUGGAUUUAGAUUCAUUUGAAGACAAACCAUGGAGGAAACCAGGUGCUGAUCUUUCCGAUUACUUUAAUUAUGGAUUCAAUGAAGAAACAUGGAAAGCUUAUUGUGAAAAGCAGCGACGGCUUCAGCUUGGACUGGAUCCUGCUCCUCCCAUCAGCACUGAAAACAAGAUCACGGUUCAGCAAGGAAGAACAGGAAACGCUGAAAAAGAAGUGGAAAACAACAUCAUCAAAACAGAAUUCAAAACAGACUUCUUAGCUCUGGUGGGAGGACGCAUGAAGGCUGGGCCUCCUCCUAAUAGGAAGCUGGGUGGGACGAUUGAUGUGAUCGGUGGCCAGGCUGGCACGAUCAGGAGAGUAGAAGGAAGGCGCCGUGAUAAACAUGCCUCUGAGGAAAACCCAAUCCAGGUGCUUGGAGACCACGGGAGCAAGCCACAACCCCCCCAGCAGCCCCAGCAGCCAUCACAGCCCCAGCAGCCACCUCAGCAGCAGCCGUUCGCACCACCAGCAGGCCCACCGCCUCCUCCGCUGGCUGGGCCACCUCCACCACACUUCCUCCACCCUCCUCCACCAGUUACUUCUGUUCCACCUCCCCUGCAUCCUCCAGGUCUGCCACCACCCGGUCCUAUUCCAGGGUUGUUCCCGCCUCCUCUGGCACCACCACCAGCUCUCCUCAUCCCAACCUUGGAUGGCCAGCCAGCCAGCUACAACAACAGGCAGCCACCUCCAUUCGGCUACAACUCUGCAGAUUCAGGUUUCAUCAGCUACCCACCCAUCUCCACAUCCCACACUCCCUGGGUGACAACGGUGGACAAGGGCACAAGCAGUUCCAGCAGCAGCCAUUGGGAAUACUCAGGCUCGAGGCGCGAGAGGGAGCGGGAGCGGGAAAGGGAACGGGAACGGGAGAGAGACCGAGACCGCACGCCGACCACGAGUGAAUACAACAACGACGACGAGCGGUACCGCUACUACAGCCGGGAGCGCAGCUACGACUUCGAGCGCGACUACCGCCGGAGCCGAGACCGCAGCAGGGAGCGGGAGGACCGGCACCGGGAGCGCCGGCACCGCGACAAGGACGAGAGCAGCAAGCAUAAGUCUUCCAGACGGAAGCAACACGAGAGCGAGGAGGGGGAGAGUCACCGGCGCCACAAGCACAAAAAGAACAAGCGCAGCAAAGAGGAGAAGGAGACCAGUGAGGACGGUGCCCAGGAGGGAGAGGAGCAGGACACCAAGGAGUGA